AUGGGCGAUUAUCAGAUCUCGGUGGAGGAGCUGAACGAGCUCCUGUCUAACGAGAGCGGCUGCUACAGCCUGCCCAGCGCGCACAGCAACGAGGUGGUGCCGCGGAUCCACGUGGGGAACGCGUUCAUAGCCAAGAACAUUAUGAGGCUGCAGCGUCUGGGGAUAACCCAUGUUCUGAAUGCAGCAGAGGGGAAAUCAUUCAUGCAUGUGAACACUAAUGCAGAGUUCUAUGAAGGCACAGGCAUCAGAUACCAUGGCAUUAAAGCUAACGAUACGCAGGAAUUUAACCUCAGUCGCUAUUUUGAGGAGGCAGCUGAUUUUAUUGACAAAGCCCUUUCCCAGAAGGAUGGCCGGGUGUUCGUGCACUGCCGGGAGGGCUACAGCCGCUCCCCGACGCUGGUCAUUGCCUACCUGAUGCUGCGGCAGCGCAUGGACGUGCGGAGCGCGCUGAGCGCCGUGCGCCGGGGACGCGAGAUCGGCCCCAACGACGGCUUCCUCCGGCAGCUCUGCCAGCUCAACGAGCGCCUGCUCCGGGAGGGCAAGCUCAAGGGAUAGGAACCGGAGCUGCGGGGCUUCUUUUUUACACGUUUGUCAAACUUCUAGAGGUCCGCAAUUGCGAGCGCCGGGCUAAAGCGAAACAGAAUUGCUGCUUGUGUAGUGAAAGUGUCCUUCCUUCUCGAGCUCUGCGGGUGACUUUCGAGACGGUGAAAAAUUGUGUCGCUGUUCGGAGCCGAUGCCUUAAAGAGAUGUUUCUAGAGAGAGAACUCCAGUGAUAACAGCUGUCUUCACACAUAUUUCGGACUCCGUAGCAUAUGUGGUUUGCAUUGGCAUUGAAUGUGAUUCGUUUAAGCUUUGUCUUUAAUCUCACCAGAGCACCAGUUCCUGAAAGCCCCAACACUUCCCUUCACUCACCCUUAAUAGGAGCACUGUAAUUUCUAAAGCUUCUAUUUCAUGCACACACGUGCCUAAAGUUUGAAUGUAGGAGCUGAAGGAAUGAGAAGCAUAUAGACAAAUGCAUUCACUUGGAAAAUGAAGUGCUUGCAGUGUUUUGUGUGGAUUUAUGCAAUACUCAGUGUGAUAGUAAAGCCAUCCAGAGCCCUUGCUUGAUCCACACUGUGUUUCCAAGAAUAGUUUUUAUCUCUUGCUGUUACGAUGGACAUGCAAUAGUCUGUUAUUAAAUGCUCUUUUAUUUUUAUUUCAAAAUCAUGCUAAAAAAAUGUCAAGAACAAAUGCUGAGGAAAGAACUAGGACAAGGAAGAAAUAAUAUUAGUAUUUAGAAGUGCUUGUGGUGGAUGUAUAAUUAAGUCCUAUGUAUCCUAAUACAAUGUUUUUCAAAGCUUGUGUGGAAUUACAAUGUCUUUAUCUCCUCUUUACUGUCAGCGUUCAGUAACACAGAAUGGAAUGACCACACAUGCAGAUCACUUCCAGCACAGGUGUGCUUGCAAAGCAGUUUGCAGAAGAACACUCUGGACUUCUUGGAUUGCUUGUAUAGUGUCAUUAAACAAAAAUUAACGUUGUCAUGUACCACACUGUAUAGGAAAU